UUGCGUCAUCGGGUAGGCGUGGCCUAUUUGAUAAUUUAACCCUAACCGUAGUUUUUGGUUGUUUAUUUGUUUUCUAAAAUAAAUCAACCUGUAUGACUGUUUUGUCCUUCGCAGUAUACUGGGGGAUUUUUUGAAAGAAGGCGUUUUUCCAAGACCUCCGGAAACACGCCCACUUUACGUCGUGGUAACGAAACCCCUGGAAUUUAGUGCCUGCCACAAAACAGCGUGUUUAGAGUGGCUUUCUUCCCGUCCUUCUUUGCGUUUGUAGGCUGUUUUAUCUGCAGUUUUAAUCAGGAGACAGAUAUGGCUUGGGUAGCUGCUGGAUCGAUAAUGGUGCCAGAUUGGCACAGAAACCCUGAAAGCCGCGAAUUUUUCAACAAGAUUUUGCACAAGAAAAAGAGGAGAAAGUUCGUUUCCUCGCCCAGUCCAAAGACCUGCAUUGUAGGCUGACUGACAUCUAUAAAAUUGUCUAUAGUGUGUGAGUGUGUGAGGAUGUGCCCUGCAAUGGGUUGGCAUCAUGUGUGCCAAGUCCCAUGAUAUAGGCUCUAUGUGUCUUGCAAUGCUGUGUUAGACAAAUGGUACAAAAAAUGGACUGGGUAGAUGGAUCAUCAAUCAUCUUCAGUAACUGUCUUUUGGAAGCACCAGUGAUGUCCCCCCAUUUGAAAGCAGACAUAGUUCGCUAUAAAGUGUUCCUGUCAGGUAAAAGUGGAGUGGGGAAAACGACAUUAGCUGCUCGCCUUGCUGGUCUAGACAUGCCCAACGUACACUAUGAAACCUCAGGCAUGGAGACGUUUGCAGUGUUUUGGCCUGUGAAGCUGAGGGAGGGUGGCCGCGUUCUUUUCUUUCACUUUCAGCUAUGGGACUGCGGUGAGAAUGCCAUGCGAAGAUUCGAUCACAUGCUGACGUCCUGUAAAGAACAUGUAGAUGCCAUUCUCUUCCUUUUCUCCUUCACUGAUCGCGGGUCUUUUGAGGAUCUUUCCAAUCAAAUGUCUCGGAUCACAGAGCCAUCAGACAGACUUGUCAGAGUGGUGGUUGGGACCAAAUUUGACUUAUUUAUGCACACAGAUGUAACAGAGAGUGACAUCAUGCGCUUUCAGGAGGUAUGGGGUAUGCCGGUGUUUCGUGUUGGGGGCGAUGUGAGCGGAGGCCUUGGUGAAAUCACACCCCUUUUAAAUGCCUUGGCAGAAAACCUAUGGCACCAGGACUGUAUGCACACCUCCACUUCAGUACUGUCUAAUUCUGGACACAUCGGCCCAGAAAUUAUUCUAUGAGCUCACAUUUUUAACAGCACACUGAUUGCCUUCCUUUUAGACAUUGAAUCCAUUAUAGACUGGUAAGGAUUUAAAUCACAGUUAAAAGGCCCUUUACUACAAUUAUUACAUAGUUCCUUCAUACAUGAAUUUGCACUUGUCCAAAGUUAAACAUUAGUAUGUCAAGUGUAAGGGACACCAGUUAAGUAAAUGGCACCAUGCACACACAUUCACACUUGGGGGCAAAUUACUGUAGCCUGUAGCCAUCAUCUGCAAUAUUUUUCUAAAGAUGGAAGAAAACUGGAACACACAGAGGAAACCCACACGGUCACAGGGAGAAUAUGCAAAGCUUCGCAGAUGGUAAAUAAAUUGGGAAGCCUGGUGUGUGAAGCCCAACCCCAACUCCCUCAGCACUGUGCCCUUAAGUAAUAUUCCUUUUAAUGUAAUUACUGCAAGAUCAUUCUUAGUGAGAAGCUGGAAUUACCUCAUUUUCAACCUCCACAUGUUCAAACUACAAAAUGGAAAACAGAAAAUCUAUCCAGCUAAUGUUAGUGAUAUGUGUGAUGUAUUCUCUUCUUAAAACAGUCAACUGUAUAGUCAGUGUUAUAGAUUUAACAAAAAAAUGUAUCUGUCUUGAUUGUUCUGAGGUAGUGCUAUGUACAGUAUUCUCAUUUAAAUGUAAAGACUUGCUAGUUGAUGCUGUGAGAAGUCCGUUUGAUUUGAUGUUAUGCUUCCCAAAUAGGAAAAGAGAUUUCUUUGUUUCCUAGUCAGAUAUCACAAAAAGAUGUUCAAAUUAUGGUUAAUGAUAAAAUUGUAUAGUGCAAUGAAUUAAAAACCUACCUCAACAUAUACUGACAUCUGACCAUGAAGACAAUUAUUGAUGAAUU